AUGGCCGAUCGCGUGACGCAAGCGGGAGGCGAGCCCGGGAAUCAGAGAGGCUGCAGGUCCGUCCCGGUUCCUGGAGUCCUGGGAGCUGUCACUGGCCAAGGAGAAAGGACCCCUAACCCUGAAGAGGAGCAGUUGCCUCUCCUCCUCCCAUAUACACAGCAUUCAGGAGUCUCCAGGGUAGCACCCCAUCAGACCCAAGAAGAGGACAGGCUCCAGCACGCAUGUGGAGGAUGCUGUGACCAGAAGAUGGACUCUCCAGGCAACAGCAGUGCCUCAGAGGCCUCCCCGUAUGGGAGAUAUGAGCCUUGGUACAGAGAAGAAGAUGACGAUGUGGAUCUGGCCUAUUUCCUCCCCAGGUCUCUCCACAGGGGCCAGGUGAGACUGGUACAGGAAGUUGGUGCCACCAGCCUGCAGCUCAUCCAUACACUCUCUGACUCAGAUGAUGACAAUGACAGCACUUGGGAGGGUCGUCUCGGUGACAGAUACAAUCCACCUGUGGACUCAAACCCCGACACCCGAGAGCUGGAAUGCAAUGAGAUCAAGACCCAAGUAAAACUGGCCACAGGACAGCUGGGAUCAAAUAAGCUAACACAAGAGUACAGCUUUCCUAGAAUGUUGCACCAGAGAGAACGGGGGCUCUGCCAUCAUGGCAGUUUUUCUCCUGGGGAGCGGUCUCGAGUAAUGUCUCACUUCUUGCCCAAUUACUUGGGCUUCACUGACUCCUAUUUCCAUAAGGCUUUCUGUGGCAUCUACAGCAAGGAUGGUCAGAUCUUCUUAUCUGCUUGCCAAGACCAGACAAUUCGGCUAUAUGACUGCCGCUAUGGCUGCUUCCAUAAGUUCAAGAGCAUCAAGGCCCGGGAUGUAGGUUGGAGUGUUCUAGAUGUAGCCUUUACUCCUGAUGGGAACCACUUCCUCUAUUCCAGCUGGUCUGAUUACAUUCAUAUCUGCAACAUCUACGGGGAGGGAGACACACACACUGCCCUGGAUCUGAGGCCAGAUCAACAUAGUUUUAUUGUCUUCUCCAUUGCAGUCUCCUCAGAUGGACGAGAGGUGCUAGGAGGUGCCAAUAAUGGAUGCCUCUAUAUCUUUGAUAGAGAACAGAACCGCCGUGUAUUGCAGAUGGAAUCUCAUGACAAUGAUGUGAAUGCAGUGGCUUUUGCUGACUCGAGCUCCCACAUCCUGUUCUCUGGAGGGGAUGAUGCCAUUUGUAAAGUUUGGGACCGGCGCACCAUGCGUGAAGAUGAUCCCAAGCCUGUGGGUGCACUGGCUGGGCACCGAGAUGGCAUCACUUUCAUCGACAGCAAGGGUGAUGCCCGGUACCUCAUCACCAACUCCAAAGACCAGACCAUAAAGCUCUGGGAUAUCCGGCGCUUCUCAGGCCGGGAAGGCAUGGAGGCCUCACGACAUGCAGCCAUUCAAGAAUACUGGGACUAUCGCUGGCAGCAGGUGCCUAAGAAAGCCUGGCAGAAACUGAAGCUCCCUGGGGAUAGCUCCGUGAUGACAUACCGAGGUCAUGGUGUACUCCACACCCUUAUCCGCUGCCGAUUCUCCCCUGCCCACAGCACUGGCCAACGAUAUAUCUACAGUGGCUGCUCUACUGGCAAGGUGGUCAUAUAUGACCUCCUCAGUGGCCAAAUUGUGAAGAAGCUGACCAGCCACAAGGCCUGUGUACGGGACGUCAGUUGGCAUCCAUUUGAGCAGAAGAUUGUCAGCAGCUCGUGGGAUGGAAACCUGCGCCUAUGGCAGUACCGUCCACUGGAGUACUUCAGGAGUGACCCACUGGAUUCUGAGGAUUGUCGUACUGCCACCUGCCUACCAUACAACUCCUUUGCAGCCUAUUCCUCUCCCCAGUAAUUCUUUCCUGUCAGUACGGACUGAUCUGUACAACCCCAAGAGGAAUCACCUACUCUAUCCUCUCUAUCUCUCUCCUCAGGGAGAUGUAUGGAGGAGCUGAUAGGGUUAGAGGGUGAGGAGCAGAAACCCUAGCUUUUCUACCUAGCUGUACUCUGGGUGGGGGUAUCCUGCCCUCUGAGGCUGGGUUAGGCUCUUAUCCAGUGCUGUGGCCCAGCCUCUAUCCCUACCCUUAGGGCAGACAGGCCAGACAACUCUGAAAAAUAAAGAGAGGUCACCCACAGCUAGUUAUUUAGGUAUGGUCCUAGCCAGCCAGGGAACGCUGAUUUUUUAUAAUCAUGUUUGGACUCUGAGGGUUGGUCAGUAGACUAGUGUUCCUGGGCUAGGUCUAAAUGGGCUGACCAGUUGGAGUCUGAUUUACCCCUGCCUGGCCCAGUAGCAUGAACCUUCAAGUUGAAGGCCAGACAGGCCAUUCAGAAGGUCACUCUCCCUAUCACUGCUCUCCUUUUUUCAUGAUGACAAGAAUGUCAUUCCUUCUUGGGGGGAAGGGGGGAAUAUGGGCUAGGAAUCUGCUCUCCCUCGUUGUGUCUUUGGAGUAGGAGGUGCUACAGUGUAGGAAGCCCCUAUCUUAAUCCUUGUGGAACUGACUUUUCAGCUUGUGUCCCCUCAGGACAGAUGGAUAGGGGGACUAAUCAGGUUGAGGUAGGAAUCCUUCCUGCUUUUACUUGCUUUAGCCCCCUCAAUAAAUUUUCCUCCAAAAUUUGA